AUGACGAGUGACCAAUCUGUUUCGAGCACCAGCUCGCGAGUUAGACAGUUUGGCUUAUACAGGACAAUUGACGCGAGGACCGAGGAGUUCUUAAGGCUUUCGAGGAGACGUCAGAUACGGCAAGGCUGCGCUUGCGCCGCUGUCUCCACCGCCAUCACCGUCACCAUAAUUGUUAGCAUACUUCUGGUAUUUGAAAUCAACAUUAUUCCGAAAACCGAAAUAAAAACCACGCAAGACUGGUUAGGCCUCGUCAACAGAAGCGCUGAAGGAAUACCAUCGGAUGAAGCUAAAUUAAAUAUAGAUAAAACAACAUUAAAACUUUUAACCAUCCUAAUUAAAGCUCUUCAUGAAAAUAAAUAUCUCAAUAAAAUUAUUGGUGACAAUACUACCCCAAAACCACAUCCAGCCUAUGAAAGGCAACAUACAACUGAGUUUACAUACAAGAAAAAUGUUUUUUCCGAUCGAAAAAACUGGUUAAGAUAUCCAACAUCUAGAGUACUUGCGAUCGAAUAUAAAACAUCGCCUAUUAUGUAUUUUAAAACUCCAAAAAACGAUUACUUUACAAAGAUUAGAAAAAUCAGAGACUAUCAACGAAUCAUGAAUUAUGUGGACAAAAUGAUAAGUGACCGCGUAACUUUCGGUUCAACUCAACCAAUGAAGAAAUAUGAAGAUUAUGUGCCAGAUAGUACACAUAUCCCAACAAUAGUUACAAAGCCAAUAAAUCAGCGUUUAAGUCUUAAAAACUUUAAAGGCGAUUCUGUAAUGUCUCAAAUAUCAAUAACUACAACUAAGAACACGACUCCGAAAAACGAAAAAUUAAAUAGUUGUAAAUGUCCCAAGCAAAUAAGCGAAAUAUUAAAUAAUUUACUAUCGAAUAUACAACUUUUGAUGCCGUACUAUGCUACUACGGAAUCUAUAAUUCAUACCUCACCUUGUGAUAAUACAAAUGCAAAAGUUCAUUCUUCUAAAGAGAAAAGUACUUCCUUCAAUCCUAUUGUUACUAAUAGGUUUGAAAAAAUUAAUGAAAAACGUUUAAGAGAAACAGCAGAAGCACCGUGGUAUAGCACACCUAAUUUAAAAGCAAAUAAACAGGAAUACAUUCUGUCGAAUCUGACACAUUUGAAAAAAAAUCACGCAAAUAAAACCACUGUACACCCAAAAUUUAUAAGGCAGAAAAUUUAUUCUAUUAAAACUCACUCACAAAGAAUUGCCACGACACCUCCAAUGGCUAUCGAAAGGACUGAGAUGUAUGAAGAAAAAUCUACAAUGCCGAUAUUAAAUAAAAAAAUUACUAAAUAUGACCCAUUACAUUUCAAUAUUAUUUCAACAGGCAGUAAAUUACAACAUAAAAACCAUGUCAAAAAAUUGUCAUCAGAACUAGAUUUCAAUGAAAGUAAUUAUGAAGUCGAUUUUGGUUCUACUACAGAUAUAUCUGAUAGCUUUAUAAAUCUUGACGCUCACAGUUUGGAACUCGUUAAGAAGAAGAUAAUUACAACGAGCAAGAAGACGAAAAAGAUUAUUAUCAAACAACCAUACACAAAUAUAAAAAUCAACCAUUCUAAUAAAAUACCCAAAGCAAAGUCCUAUAAUGUAUAUAGCAAUAUACCAUUAGAUUCAAGAAAAAUAUUUUAUCCUAUCACAUCUGUACACUAUUUGUAUCAUCGUCAUAAUACAACUAUGCAACUAACGUCACCAAAAACAAUAACUGGAUUUGUAUCAGCAACAAAAACAAAGGAAUUAUCGAUAGCAGCAAUUACAGAUAAAACAACACCUACCAUAUCUACAACAAAAAUUCCAGUAGCAACUACAUCAAUUAUCGCAAAUACCAGUAAAUUACUGGAAUUCAAUGACACAAUUAAUAUUAUAAAGAAUAAACCAGAAACUGAAUUUCAACUAAUGAAUCAAAAAUCUAAAGAAGAAUCUACUUAUCGUUCAGAUGAGAUAAACUUGGAUGAUGAUUUUGAGAAAAUUAUAAUUGAAGAAAAUUAUCAAGAAGAUGAUCUCAAAGAUAGACCAACAGAUGAUACAAUGAGCGCACUAUCGAAUGACUUAUUUCUAGAGCAGAAUGUAGGACGUAUUCUUACAAAAUUACCAAACAAGCAAGCAGAUUUUAAAGAAAGAGAGAAAAAUACUGACUUUUUAUUCACAUCAAACGCUCUUCACAAUAAACCACGCUCAUAUUUUGAAAUUCAAAGGAAUUAUGUGAAACACGACGAUAACUAUGAUUUGAAUUUAAAGUAG